UCUGCCUCAUCGACCAUUAGCAUCCAAUAUAUACCAGCAUUUGAAAAGGAUUGAAAUCUCUUGAGCAGCAUCGGAAGAUCACCAACAUCCAAGACAUUCAAAAACAAUAAAAAUGAAGACAGUUGCCGUUGUUCUGUUACUUUUCUCCUUUGGUCUAUUUACAGCUGAAACGCUCAGAUGUAAUGCGUGCCACAGUCGUAAUGCUGACCUUUGCAAUGAUACAAUCACUGAAUGCCCGGAUGGCAGCUCUUGUAUGACCGUCUAUGAAAAGUUUGGAUUCAAUCACACCUAUCACUCCCUUGAGAAGCGCUGCGCUUUAAAUCUGAAAUGCAAUCGUAGCAUGUAUGCCUAUGUUAAUAAAGAUGUGUACUAUGACCUGUCAUAUGAUUGCUGUGAAACGGAUCUUUGCAACAAUGGGCCUUUUGUGGAUAAAAAUAUAACCUACUCCUAUGAUGGCCCUGAAUGUCCAUCUUGCUUCUCGUAUGAAACCAUGGAAGUGUGUAAGCCUGUCACAAAUACAAUCUGCAGAAGUAAGGAUGACCACUGUGCCAUAUUAGUUGGAUUGAUGCAAAAACCAGAUGGUGUUUUUACCAACUUUUCAGCACAGGGAUGCAUGUCGAAUCUGAGUUGUAACUAUGAAUACAGCCAAGCCAUUGGAUAUGAAAUGAAGACGAUUAAAAUACAAAAAUGCUGGUUACCAGAUCUGAAGCAUCAACCCGAUCAAGAAAAAAAGGAGGAAUGACGGCAUAUGCUACAGGAAGUUGACAUCAUUUCAGAUAAAAUAAAGGCAGAACCCUAA